AUGGACGGAAUUGCUGUUGAUCUCAGCGGCUCGGGAUGGCUGGAUCGACGACGACGAUUGCAUAGUGCAGAUGACCUGCGAAGAAUAUGUCCUGGAUUGUUGGCUUUCAAUACUGCAGAAAGUGACUUCACAGGCUCACCAGACGCUGACGACGAAGAUGACUGCCUUACAUUGUUGACGGUACACAUCGCUCUUUUUUCAGUCCAAGAAUACAUCGAAUCAGACCGCAUAAAACAGCAAAAAGCAAGAAUUUACGCGUUACAACGAAGCUCAGCGAACCUGGAUAUUCUUCGCAUCUGCCUAGUAUGCUUGCUCGAACCAGGAUUAAGCAGCAGAGGGCUAGACAGAAGCAUUCUAGAGGAACAUCCACUAGCCCGUUUUGCUGCCUCCUCCUGCACAGUAGAUAAUGUCCAGGGAUUGGUCUUGAAACUAUUCGAUCAUCAAAAUGGCUCUUUUUCCAAUUGGGUGAAUGAAGUGAAGUUCCAUCUUGACUUGGAACACAUUGCAUCUCCGCUCUACUAUCCAUCUCUGCUGGGGUUCGACUGGAUUGUGAGAAAGCUUCUCGCUGCUGAGUAUGAUGACAUUGAACGCCAAGUUCUCAUCCAUAUUCUUGCCGGAGAAAAUGGCAAUGCGCUGCAUGGGCACACUAAGGUGGUUCAAACUUUACCCGAAGCAAGGGCGGAUGCUAAUCUUCGUGGUGGGCUUCAUGACAGUGCACUACAGGCAGCUUCUGCAGGAGUUCACGAUGCCGUGAUAGAAUUAUUGUUGGACAAGAACGCUGAUGUGAAUGUCCAUGGCGGCAAAUACAAUAACUCAUUAUACGCUGCGUCGUUGAAUGGCCAUAAGAACGCUGUUCUCAUGCUGCUUGGCCAUGGAGCCGAUCCAAAUGUCCGAAGCGGUUUGUUUGACUAUUCGUUGCAAGCAGCAUCAACAAGAGGCCAUGAAACCAUUGUGCAGAUUCUCUUGGAAAAUAAUGCUGACGUGAACACAGGAGGUGGUGGAUUUGGCAAUGCGUUGCAGUCCGCAGCAUCCGCUGGUCAUGAGAAUGUAAUGAAGAUCUUGUUGAGCAAGGGGGCUGAUGUCAAUGCGUACGGAGGGUAA